GUCGCGGAGGAGGAGGAGCAACAAAUAAUAUCAACGCCACGCGGACCCAGCAGUCACCACCUCGCCCCGCCUUCUCCUUCCUCUCCUCGUCCUCCUCCUCCCCUUUCCCCUCGACACGCGCGCGGCUUGGGCGAGCUGAGCUACACCACCACCCUCCUCACCCUCUUCUUCUUCGUCCUCGUCUUCCUCCUGCUCCUCUUCACUGUAGUGCUCUACCUUGUGGGAUAUAGGUUGUGGAGCGAGGUGGAGGGCGGUGUUCUUGGGAAGUGGUAUUGUUGAAGUAGGAGGUAUCGGAGUUGCUGUUGCUUGGAGUUGCUGGGGGUGGUUUGUUUUGGAGGGGGAGGCGGCUGCGGGUGUGGGGGUGUUGCGGGGGGGGAGGAGAGGUGAGAGGGUGAGGGUGAUGGCGGCGAUCUGUGGGGAGGAUGAGGCAGCGCGCGCGGCGGAAUGCGUGGGCGGGGUCGGGAAGCUGGAUCUCGGGGAGAGGAAGGAGGCGGUGGCGGGGGCGGGGAAGAGGAGUGUUUACUUGAUGGACUGCGCGCCGGUCUGGGGCUGCGCGUCCACGCGCGGCCGCAGCGCGGAGAUGGAGGACGCGUGCGCGGCCGUGCCGCGGUUCGCGGACGUGCCGGUGCGGCUGCUCGCCAGCCGGCGCGACCUGGAUGGGUUGGGCCUCGACGCGGACGCGCUCCGGCUGCCGGCGCAUCUCUUCGGGGUGUUCGACGGCCACGGCGGCGGCGAGGUGGCGAACUAUUGCCGUGAGAGGAUCCACGUCGUCUUGAGCGAGGAGCUGAGGAGACUUGGGAAGAAUUUGGGGGAGACCAGCGAGUUGGACAUGAAAGAACACUGGGAUGAUGUGUUCACGAAAUGCUUCCAGAGAGUAGACGACGAGGUGUCAGGGAGAACGAGCAGGCCCGUUAAUGGCGGCGAUGAGCUCCGGCCAGAACCGGUGACCGCUGAGAACGUCGGCUCGACGGCGGUUGUUGCGCUUGUCUGUUCCUCUCAUGUGGUGGUUGCCAACUGCGGAGAUUCGCGAAUAGUGCUCUGUCGUGGCAAGGAACCAGUACACUUGUCAAUCGAUCACAAGCCUGACAGGAAGGAUGAGCGGGCAAGGAUUGAGGCUUUGGGAGGCAAGGUCAUCCAAUGGAAUGGUUACCGGGUCUCCGGUAUACUUGCUAUGUCCCGAUCAAUCGGUGACCGCUAUUUGAAACCAUUUGUCAUUCCGAAACCGGAAGUUACAGUUGUUCCUCGGGCAAAGGAUGAUGACUGCCUCAUUCUAGCAAGCGAUGGACUGUGGGAUGUUGUGUCAAAUGAAGAGGCAUGCAAAGUUGCGCGCCGACAGAUCCUUCUAUGGCACAAGAACAAUGGCGCUGCAUCACCAUUGUCAGAUGAGGGUGAAGGAUCCACUGACCCUGCUGCCCAAGCAGCUGCCGAUUAUCUUAUGAGGCUCGCUCUGAAGAAAGGAAGCGAGGAUAACAUUUCUGUCAUUGUUGUCGACUUGAAACCGCGAAAGAAACCCAAGAACGAUGCACUUUCAAAUUCAUCAUAACAGGGCCUGGGUUCAUUUGGGAAACUGACCAUGAUGUGUGUCAAAGAGUUCCAUACAACUAGUCAGUCUUCUUCACGAGACUUGACCCACAUUUUUUUGCUGGGCUUCAAGAAAUUGUACAUGUAUAUGCUAGAUGUAUUUCCCAUCUAGGGGCUUUAUGUCUAUCUCUUUUCUAUAUCCUGUCAGCCUCAGUUUUCAGCCCUGGCAAGAAGUAUCCCUUGUACAAUAAUCGAACUUGCAAAAAGCCAAGUGGCUGAGAUGACCAGUAAAAUUAACGCAAUCGCUGUCACCUGUCCUGAGUUGAACUUUGCCACUAGAGA